UCAGGCUCGAGCGACAUAACUUGCUUCCACAUCUCGAUUACUUCAAAUCUCAUUUUUGCAUGAUUCUGUCAAUUAUAUUCUAACAUAUCUUCUGGAUUCAUUACUACUACUCUGUCAACACAAAAUGCAAGUUAAGUAAACAUUACUUUCAGCCAUGUAAUACAGUAAUGAGUAAAAAACUUACCCAACUCGAGAAGUCACUAAAAAGUUGACCAAGAUGGCGAACUAAACAACUGCACAUGCGCUUGUUUUGAUUCUGUCGGUACUUCCGCUUCAUGACAAACAGACUUCUUGACUGGGUUUGAGAGAAGUGUAGCGUAAUAGAGGAGAGAAGCGUUGGACAUUUCUAUUUAUUUAUCUACUCUGGUGAUACAUUUUAGACAUUCCUAUGACGUAAGGUGAAGACUUGAAUUGUAUAAAAUGGAUCCGGAAAAGUCAGAGGGUUCCCCUUCCACCCCUGUGGGUCAGUCAGCACCCCUUCCUGAGACUGCAGUAAACUGCCCAACUGACUCUACCUCUUCAGCAUUAGCCCCUGCCGACCAUAAGACAGAAGCAGACGUGGAUACCAAUAGCAGUGCUGAUCCCUUACCUUGCCCUGAUAAACAAGAGCAAACUCCAUUGGCUGAUAAAACAGUAGAUUUAGCUGUUCAACAAAUAUCAGCAUCUGAGCUUUCCGCUGAAAGUAUUGGCGUUUCAGAUGGUUCACAUGGUGCUGCACUGUCUCCCACCACUACUGCAGACAGUACUACUACUGCCAAGUCGGACAGCAACACUGAAGUUGUAGACCCCACUGACGACAUAAAACAAAACGUGGCUGUGUCAGCUGAAAGUUCCGCUGAAGCUGAUCAAGUUGUGUCCACUCAAAAUGAGGCUACGCUGGAGCCCGCAUCAGACCCCCAGCCAAAGUCGGAAGCCUCCAGCCCCGUGUCUCCCUCAACCUCGGGACAGGACAGUGGUGUGGGUCCGGACGACUCCGGUUCAGACAGCAACGCAAAGUCUCCGUCGCCUACCGAAGCUCAGCCCGGCCUCUCUGAGGACCAAGCCAAAAACCAAACUGUUGUUGCCGCCCCUGCAGACGCCAACGCGAGCCCAGGUUCUGAAACACCAGUUACAGUAUCUGACCUGGAUACACCGGGUAAAGAAGAGGAUUCGGCCACCUCCUCCGCCGUCAGUUCAGAUCCAUCGACAGUGGCAGCAGCUGUAGCUGCCGCCUCAGAUUCUGACCAAGAAAGUGUUUACUACAUCAAGUGGAUCGCUUUUGACCAGGCCAAAGUUCCAAUCAUCACGCAAAAUGAAAAUGGACCUUGUCCCCUCCUAGCAAUUAUGAAUGUUCUGCUGCUGAAAGGGAAGGUGAAAUUGGCACCCAUGCUAGAAAUGAUCACAUCCGAACAACUCAUGACUUACCUGGGAGAGUGCAUUUUUGAAAACAUGCCACAGGAUUUGUCCGAGACAACAAGAGCUAACUAUGAACAAAAUAUGCAAGAUGCCAUGGGUGUUAUGUACAAGCUACAGACUGGACUGGACGUUAAUGUCAAGUUUACUGGUGUUGGAGAUUUUGAGUACACCUCUGAGUGCAUCAUAUUUGACCUGCUAGAGCUUUCCCUGUACCACGGCUGGCUGGUGGACCCCCAGGACGCGGAGACGGUGAAGGCUGUGAACCAGUGCAGUUACAACCAGCUGGUGGAGAAGAUUAUUUCCCUGAAGCAUUCGGAGCAGGAGGACAAUGUCACCUACGCCCUGAUAGCGGAACAGUUCCUUGACCGCACGGCUUCCCAGCUGACCUACCACGGCCUAUGUGAGCUCUCCUCUCAUGUGAAGGAGAAGGAGCUCUGUGUCUUCUUCAGGAACAACCAUUUCAACACUCUGUACAAGCAUAAUAAUGAGCUGUUCUUGCUGGUGACGGACCAGGGCUUCCUCACGGAGCGGAACGUGGUGUGGGAGACGCUCUCCAACGUGGACGGCGACUGCCACUUUGUGGACGGCAGCUUCCGCACCUACACCAAGCCUGCGGCCUCCACAGAGCCCAUUCCUGACCCCAGCGUGCCCGUCGGUAGCGCCGAGCAGAUUGACCACGAUUACCAAGUGGCGCUCUUCUUGCAAGAGGAGGCGGCUGCGCAACCCCAACAGCCCACUUGGGGAGGCUUCCAGCAGGAAAAUGCAGCCAUUGCUCAGGCAGACCUGGAGUUUGCGAUGCAGCUGCAGGAGGAGGAGAACCGUAUGGCACUUGCUGAGCAGCAGAGAGCCGCGACCGGCCCCGCAGCGCAAGCGCCUAGGCACCAUCAGGGUCAAGGUCGGCCGGUCGCCGCAGCCGGUGGUCCUGCGCCGGAGGCGCAACAACAGCAACGCAGGUCAGGUGACAGGGACCGAUCGGAGCGCAGAGAGAAAGAAGGCCGAGAUUGCUGCAUUCUCUGACGCUGGCCACGACCUUCGACCUGUGUGACCUCCCCUCCAGUCUGUGCAAGCUGUGGCUGUGAUGCUGAAUCUUGUGAUAGCCCUCAUUCCUCUGCCC